CCACGACCAACGAGCGAUUUUCUCUCACACACAGUGCAGCAUGCACAAGCCGUCGUCCAAAGGCGGAGGGGCUCCGCCAUGGACGAGGGCGUGUGAGCUUGGCGCGUGCGCCUCGUUUGCGGCGUCCGUGAUCCGCUGCGGCAACACCGUCGAUCUCCUUCGGAAGGACAAGCUCCAGGCCAUGGUCGUCGAGGCGCAUCACCGAGGGCUCACCAGCACGCUGACAUGUAUGCACGAUGUUGGGGACGUUGCCGACCUCCACGUGCGCCAUGGCGGGGCCACGUGGGAGCUAGAAGGCACGAUCAAUGAAACACUUCUCACCGACCUCUUCGAGCUCGACCGGCGGCUGCUCGGUCAACCGAGCGCGAUGUGUGUUUGCACUGCCACCAAGGCCAUGGUCGUCGCCAAGAUCGACCGAAAGAUCCUGCUGUAUGUCUGCCCCGGGAAAAUCAAAGUCGUGAAAGGCAUGGACGAGUUGCUGGAAAAGGUCGUGGACGAAACAGGCAGUGGCGACGACAUGGCGUACACGUUGAGUGUGCUGUUUUCCACGCCGCCGGGACACCAUCCAGUACGCGAUACCAUCGCGACGAUAGCACUGCCAGACCAAGGUGUCCACAAGGACAUCUCUCGUCCCGUUGGCGAAAUCGCGCAGAAUUGCCCCGCCCCCGACUUGACGCUAGCCGUGCCGGAAUGCAAUCGAUGGACAGGGCACCCAAGCAACCAAGAUGACGACGUUGUGCCAUCGUCAUUGCCCAAGCUGGGGCGACCACCCACCACGACGCCAACGCCUGUCGAAGUACACAGUCCGAUGAAAAGCGUCCAGUUGAAGCACGGCCAUAAAGACAACCAGGACCACCACCACCAACCAGCGGAAUCCCCGGCGCGAUCUGCGCUGCUUUCGGCGGAUCUCUCGUUGCAACGCUCCCUACGACCGUCGGUAGACCCGCAGCACAUCGAUUCGACCGGUCGAAUUGCCAUCGCUCCAGACGUACAUGGACGUGCAGCGACCCCAUUGAAGCUGACGCCCGAGCAGUGUCCUGCCGCUCUGAGUCCUUCCGUCGAGGCUUUACAGAAUCGUACUGCUCCAUCGACCCACGCAAGCGAUCCAACUCGGUCGAGCUUUGUUCUACCAGACCCCGAGUCGACGGUCUGUGGUCGGCCGUCAUUGUCUCCGCUGCGCACGAAUGCGCUCAAGGACUGUGCCGCAGCAUUACCGAGUCCAUUGAGUGCAGCCACCCAAGUCGGCGAUUCCAACUCGCACCACACUCGGGACAACUCUGUCCAUUCGUCUCCACCCGCCGCCUCCCCGCCAAAGCCAGUGCUGAUUGCCACUGCGACGUCUCCGCUCCGCCAUGCCGUUCGUUAUCACCUUCCUGCGCUGAAAGUUGUGUCCCACGCGGCGUUGCUCGCCACUAUUCCAGCUUCGUACAAGUCCAAGCUGGGCGAGGGCGUGUGGUGGCAGCUGGAAGAUCACGCGAGGCGAGUCGAGCGCCGCGGCGGGCGGCCCCGUGCGGCGAGUGUCUGCAGCCAGAGCGCUGCCGAUAGUUGGACUCUGCAUGUCCCACCAGCCUUUUGUUUGUGUGAAUUUGCGUCGACGCCUCGGUCCCGAGAUGGCCGACAAAGGUUGUGCCAUCAAGGCAGCCAGGACAAGUCGACGAUUCCGUCGCCCGUGCCGCAACAUCGUCGAGCAACGGCCAGCAAAGACAGCUCCACCCACCUGGACACGAACUCGCUUCACGUGGCGAGAGAACGAGUGCCGGACGACGACGUGGGCUCAAAUCCAGUCCUAGCCCGUGUUGACCAAGUCCCAACGUCAGCGACGCCAUACACUGGGCACAGCACGAUGCCACCACCGACGCCGCGGAAUCGAGCGCAGCACACUGACGCAGCCCAGGGUGAAUCACGCCACGAAGCGUCGACGACGAGUUCGCCUAGCUGGUGUCAGCAGCUCUCCACUCUGCACGACGGGCUGUCAACACCACAGAAUCCAUCGCUCGCACUCGCACAAUUUCCUGAACCAUUUGAGGUUGGAGCAGAAGGAGGCACUUCUCCUGUGGACUCGGACCGAUCGCUGUUGGUCAGGCAGUCACCGGGACGUUCCAGCAGCCACGUCCGGCAGGUUUCCUUCAACGGCAUCCAAGUCACAACCGAAGCGGACGUUGAAAGUCCAUGCGCACGGGGCGAAUGCGCCGGUGCAGCCGAAAGGACGACGUCCGACCCUAGCGACUCUGUGGACACAGGAGCCGUCGCCCAUUGUACGUCAGGCCCUUGGAUGAUCUCCGAGAUCCCCAAUGCAACCGCAGACCUUUCCUCGAUGCGCCUCUCCGUCGAAAACGCUCACGACCCUCGGUUGGUCCAAGUCCUCGGACCAGCGCACGAUGCUCCAUUGUCGUCGCAGCCAGCACAACCUGCCCACACAGCUUCGAGUGCAAAGUGGCGAGCGCAGGUCGAUUCCAGUGAACUAGUUGUACCGACGCAGCCCAAGCCUUGUGACCAGCUGCAACUUUCCAUCCAGACGCCUUCCAAACCAGCGGAACAACCGUACAGGAGCGUCAGAAAGGUUGGCGGCGCCAGUAGCGCCCCCACUCUGUCGCCUCGAGGAAGCCCUGCAGCACGGCACGACCGCAAGGACAGAUCACCCCCAGCGCGGCAUCGGGAUGUCGUCAUCCAUGCGCAAGGUUCCCCAGAGAGCUCGACAUCCACCUGCGAAAGGGAUUCUCUCGACUCUUUGGAUGACUUCGCGGACACAGCGGCCCAUCGCGCUACGUGGAGCAGUCGAGAAGUCGUUCCGGCAGAGGUUCGAGUGAAAGCGUCGCUUGCCCCAACGACUCCUGCACCCUCCAUUGGGCACACAUCUUCACGCCACAAGGCACCAGCUCCACCGAUGCCCCCUCGGUCACCCCCAAAGGCAAACCCUCGAGCUCCACCACCGGAGGCGUUUGCCAACGAACAACAACAGCCAUUGAUAUCUGCGGCGACAACUGCAUCCUCGACACCACGCCCCGAUUCGCCGACAGCGUACAUGCCAACAUUCAUGCGCGAUCACCCGUGGAUGUCGUCAACUCGAUCCACCGGUCGAGCCCCGCCUCUUGAACGUCCACCCAACACCGUCCAGGAGUGUGCCCGCGGCGCCGCCAAGGGCAUUUCUUCAGUCGUAAAACCACCCACGGCCAUGGAUAUUUACUUGCGGUCUCAGCAACAGCAGCACGAGCAACGCGUCAACUCAGUGUCCGAUCCUUGGCGGUCGGGUCAAGCCAUUCCAUCUUCUCCUCGACCCGGCAAUAGUCACGAUCGAUUCGAAUCCCGUGGCGGUCACGACCAAGCAGUCGAAACAAUUCCUCGGGUUGAAAAUGAGGGCGACAAGUGGGCGGUGCCGUCGGCGAUACCGCCAACUCAACGACGACCACCGUCUCCACUCACAACUACACCGUCUCCACUCACAACUACACUGGUCGUCCCGCACGAGGAAAAUUCGCCGCCACCGACGCCGCCACCUAGUCCGCCACCGAAACCACAAUCCAUGUUUGUACGUGUUGUGGACACACCAAAGGAUCGCGCGGCCAGGUUGAUGGAGCUUCGCGAGAAAAAACUCAAGCAGCUGCAAGAUCGCAAGGACUUCGCGGCGGGGAAACCAUCAAAAGACGUCGAGCCGUCACCACCACAAGGUCCUCUUUCUGUCGGACCGUCUGCAACGAAUGCCAAGCCGGUCGUCGGUCAGUUCCUCAAACCAACGUCGAACCGUCAGCUGAUUCAAAACGCCCUUGAGACCAAUCUGUUGGCCGGUACAGCGUGCGAUGCCGAGCGAGCGCGAGUUGUGCAAGCUCUUCUCGACCAUACCGCCGACAACUUUGUUGUGACGUUCAAAGGCAGCGUUCAAGAGAUGAAGAUGACGUUCAAAGGAUUGUAUGCGCUCGAGAAGGAGUACGUGCAUAAGAUCUACGGCCAGGGGCCGGCGCAGCUUCAGCCAGCCAUGGUUAAGCAGUUCUUUCGGUACAACUCGGGCAAGAAAGCGUUCCUGCCGGUGUCCACGCGGUCAUUCACGAUCAAGACGGACGGCGCCGCGCUCGCGGACGACUGCUUUCGGAAGAAGAAGAUGGAUCUGUUUUGA